CAAUUAGUCAACUACGAUAUCAUGAAAUCCUAUUAUUGUUUCCAAUUUUGAUAAAAUGUGCCAAUUUCGCAGCGAUCAAACUAAAAGAUCAGCGUAGGAGAUAAUAAAGACGCUACUCCGUGUAUCACUCAUCCUUUUGGUUUCGUGGCAGAGGUCACUGAUGAUAAAUUACUACCAAAACAGGAGCGGAAAAUCGAUUUGUUGAAAGCACAAUAAAAACAAAUCGUCCGAAACUCAUGAAAUUAGCAGAUAUACUGUACAAUCUCUGUGACCUUGAUGGACGACCCCAGUUGGUUGGACAGAUGAUCGAGUAGCGCAAUAUUUUUUUAAUGGGCAAAGAAGGUGAUUGACGGAGUGCGAGAUCUAUGUUAUGGUUCAAGGAAGAGGACUUUGUAUUGGCCUAAUUAUUGUGCACCUUUGAGCACUAGGAUGGCGCCAAAAUCAUCCAUCACUUGUGUACAAUGUGAGAAAUCAUUUGUAACCAAGCAAAGUCUUGAAAUGCAUAUUCGGAUUCACACAGGAGAAAAGCUAUUCCAAUGCCAAUAUUGUGAGAAAUUAUUUUCAGACAAGGGAUCUCUAUUGAAGCAUGAACGUGUUCACACUGGAGAAAAACCCUUCCAGUGCAAGUAUUGUGAGAAAUCAUUCUCACAGAAUGGACAUCGAUUGACUCAUGAGCGUAUCCACACAGGAAAAAAACCAUUCCAAUGCAAAUAUUGUUAUAAACCAUUUCCACAGAAGGGACAUCUAUUGAAUCAUGAGCGUAUUCACACUGGAGAAAAACCAUUCAAAUGCAAAUAUUGUGAGAAAUCAUUCUCACAGAAUGGACAUCGAUUGACUCAUGAGCGUAUCCACACAGGAGAAAAACCAUUCCAAUGCAAAUAUUGUUAUAAACCAUUUCCACUGAAGGGACAUCUAUUGAUUCAUGAGCGUAUUCACACAGGAGAAAAACCAUUCAAAUGCAAAUAUUGUGAGAAAUCAUUUUCACAGAAUGGACAUCGAUUGACUCAUGAGCGUAUCCACACAGGAGAAAAACCAUUCCAAUGCAAAUAUUGUUAUAAAUCAUUUCCACGGAAGGGAUGUCUAUUCAUUCAUGAGCGUAUUCACACUGGAGAAAAACCAUUCCAGUGCAAGUAUUGUGAGAAAUCGUUUUCACAUAAGGGAUAUCUAGUGACCCAUGAGCGUAUUCACACUGCAGAAAAACCAUUCAAAUGCAAAUAUUGUGAGAAAUCAUUUUCAGAUAAGAGGAAUAUUUACAAACAUGAACGUAUUCACACUGGAGAAAAACCAUUCCAGUGCAAGUAUUGUGAGAAAUCAUUUUCACAGACUGGACAUCGAUUGAUUCAUGAGCGUAUUCACACUGGAGAAAAACCGUUCAGAUGUGUACAAUGUGAGAAAUCAUUUUUCUCAAAGCAGGCUCUAGUCGGUCAUAGUCAUAUUCAUGCAGGAGACGAACCAUUCCAACUCAGCUUCAACUGUAAAUAUUGUCAUAAAACCUUUAAGAGUGAGUCUGGCUUACAAAAACAUAGACGCAGCCACAAUGAUACCUCUCGUAAUACUCGCAAGGUGUCUGAUGCAAGUCCCGGCAAGGAUAAACGGUUAAAGUCAAAAAGUGGCAAAGCUAUGAAAAGUUCUUGUUCAAGGUCUCGUUGUGAGGAAACUGAUGUGGGAGAAGAUGCAGUAGUAUUGACUGGUCCUUCAAAUAGCAAUAAUUCUCCAAAUGGACAAAACCCAGUCCCUGCAUGUUCUGCGACGAAUGAAUGUUUGAUCAGCAGAGAGGCUGAGAGUGAGGUAUCAAAGUUGCCUGCUGCAGUCGGGUGUUCAGACAUGGAUAUCAAGGAUGCUGCUGCAAAAAUGACUGUUAUCAAUGGGAAUGAAACUGUUGGUCUGGGUACAGCCAAAAGUGAAGAUUAUCAAGUUUUGCGGCUGGGUGUGAAACGAGAUUUGAUUGAUCAUCAUUCUAAUCAGCUUGGAAAUGUUAAAAGUCAACUCAUUGACAUGUUUGCUGCCGACCAGUCUGAUGGAAGUGUUGAACCAGCCCUCACAUCUGCUACAGGGCAGUCCAGGGCUGAACUAGACAUACUUUCUGUUCAUGUUACAGAGGAGAGAAAUGUCAACAGUGGGGCCUUCAACCUGCCAUGUAACACAUCUCCUAUAGAACAGUCCAAUGUCAAAAGUGAGCCAUGUAACACAUCUCCUAUAGAACAGACCAAUGUCAAAAGUGAACAGUGUGACAUGUCUCUUCAAGAGCAGGGUUAUAUCAUAGAGGUAGUGAGACCGUGUGAUAUGUUAGGUAACAUGUCUCCUUCUAAGCAGGCGAGUGUCAAAGGUGGGCCGUUUGACGCAUUUCCUAAAGAGGGGGCUAAUGUCAAAAGUGAGCCAGGUGACACAUCUCCUACAGAUCAGGUCAAUGUAAAAAGUAAGCAGUGUGACAUGUCUCUUCAAGAGCAGGGUUAUAUCAUAGAGGUAGUGAGACCGUGUGAUAUGUCAGGUAACAUGUCCCCUGUUAAGCAGGCAGAUGUCAAAGGUGAGCCGUUUGACGCAUUUCCUAAAGAGGGGGCCAAUGUCAAAAGUGAGCAAUGUGACUUGUCUCUUCAAGAGCAGGGAUAUAUCAUACAGGUAGUUGGACCAUGUGACAUAUAUCCUACAGAUCAGGCCAAUGUCAAAGGUGAACCAGGUAUUUACAGCGAACCAUGUGACAUUUCUCCUGUAGAGAUGGCCAAUAUUAAAAGUGGAACAAGUGCAACAUCUCCUGUAGGUCUGGGGGAUGACAUGUCUCAAGCAGGGCAUGUUAGGGUAGAGCAGGAAAACUCCAGUGGUGCACAUGUCGCUAUGUCCAAGAUUGAUGAAUACAUUGCAGUGUUUGAUCGCUGGGCAGAAAUGUUGUGUGAAAAUACAGAUUAGGUCAAUAGAAUAUAACUGUUGUAUUCUCCUGUUAAAUCAGUGAUCGAUGAUUCAAAAAGGCGACCAGUCUUAGUCUCAUGUGUAUGGAGGGCUCGGUUUCCUCUUUUUUUUGGAGUUUUUAGCAAGUUCGAGUAUCCAUGGAAAUAGACCACGUGAUU